GAUUCAUCCAAUCAGAUUUUAGUUUUUUUAAAGAACAGCCAAUGAAAAAUUCUCCCACGUGACAAUCACCUGCAAGUUUAAGUUAUUGCUUACACAGACAUCUGAGAGAGGUGUGAGUUGUCACGAUAAACUGUACAUUCCAAGACUAAACAUUUAAAUAAAGAAAAAUGCCAGCCAACGAGAACCGAUUGAAGACUUACAAAAACAAGGGCAGGGAUGUUGAUGAAAUGAGAAGGCGGAGAACGGAUGUUUCAGUUGAGCUCAGAAAACAGAAAAAAGACGACCAAUUGCUCAAAAGAAGAAAUGUAGCCAUCGAGGAGGAGGAUGAUGCUACGAGUCCCCUGAAGGACAACUCCAACAAGGGUACUGGAUUGACACUGGUUGAGAUUAUUGCUGGAAUCAACAGCACCUCCCCCCAAACACAGAUGCAAUGUACACAAGCUGCCCGAAAACUUCUCUCCAAAGAACGAAACCCGCCCAUCGACGACAUCAUCCACGCUGAUGUCAUUCCUAGGCUGGUGGUGUUUCUGGCUCAGAAUGAUAGACCGGAGCUACAGUUUGAGGCAGCCUGGGCCCUGACAAACAUCGCCUCAGGGACCAGCGAGCAGACUAAGUGUGUGGUAAAGGCUGGGGCUGUUCCAAGCUUCGUCAAACUCUUAUCCUCACGCCACCACAAUGUGUGUGAACAGGCAGUGUGGGCUCUGGGAAACAUUGCAGGUGAUGGUCCUGACCUCCGAGAUUUUGUAACAGAAGCUGGUAUUGUGGAGCCCUUGUUAAGACUUAUUGAAAUUGACACUCCAGCUGGAUUUUUGAGAAAUAUAACAUGGACGCUUUCAAACCUCUGUAGAAACAAAAACCCACCUCCCAAGUUUAAGGUGGUUUGUCGGUUUCUACCAACAUUGGCCCGUCUGCUUCACCACACUGAUAGAGAGGUUCUCACGGACACAUGCUGGGCUCUGUCGUAUCUUACAGAUGGAACAAAUGACAAAAUACAAGAAGUGAUUGACAGUAAUGUUGUGACGAGACUUGUAGAACUUUUAAACAGUAAUGAAGUAUCUGUGAUAACACCUGCCCUGAGGGCAAUAGGAAACAUUGUUACUGGCGAUGACAGUCAGACGCAGUGCAUCCUGGACCAUGGAGCACUCCCAGCAUUCCACAGUCUGCUCAAACACCACAAGAUCAACAUCCAGAAGGAGGCGGCUUGGACGAUUUCCAACAUCACGGCGGGAAACACUCAACAGAUACAGCACGUCAUAGACAAUCAGCUGUUACCGCCCGUGCUGGAAAUCCUCAUCAAGGGAGAUUACAAAAGCCAAAAGGAGGCUGUGUGGGCGAUAACGAACCUGACCUCCGGAGGGACUGUAGAACAGAUAGCCUACCUGGUACAGCUCGGAGCCAUCAAACCAUUGUGUGAUCUCCUGACCGUCAAAGAAGCCAAAGUUAUCCUGGUCAUUUUGGAUGCUCUCUCCAACAUACUAAUGGCUGCUGAGAAGUUGAACCAGCAGGAUAUUGUGUGUGUGAUGAUCGAGGAAUCGGGAGGCCUGGAUAAAAUUGAAAACCUACAGAACCACGAGAACGAGCACGUCUACAAGUCCGCGCUGGAGCUCAUCGAGAAGUGGUUCUCUGGCGAGGUUAGUCAUUUGAGGGGACGUCUUAUUGAUGGGACCAAUGCAGUGAAAGUGUUUCACUUCAAGAUAUCAGUAGUUAACAUCUCCCUUUGCCUGGAGUAGUGUAAUAUCUUUCAAUUGAUUAGAAAAUUUUCACACGAUCUCGAUGACAUGAUAUACCAGUGCUUGUAUAGUGUACAACUAAAAAGGGCUCAUCUGUCAAAAAUUCAGUAAAAAUAGAACUUGUAUAUUUUCCAUGAUGUUCAAAACCUGAAUAUCCUACCACUCCCCUGUAUUUUCCCAGUUUUGGGCUCGAGAAAUCAAGGAAUAAAUAACAUUCCAUAUAGUAAAUAGUAUUCAUUUUACUGAUAAGAACAUAAAUUCAGCUUUCAUUUUAUUAAAAAAGGUUUUAGUGAGUGUUGUUAUAUUGCUAGUAAUUUAUAAAUCAAUAAAAUUCACGAUAAAGCUUUAAUUUUAAAUGUUGAAUACAAAUGCAGUAUUUGAUUACAUUAAGACAUGGAUUAUAUAUGCAAUAUUCUCAGUAAAUGGUCAUAGGACCAUAUUGCAUGAACACUUGGACAUGAAUGUUAAUUUUUAAGUGUUAGGCCAAGUAAAAUUAAUAAGUAGAUUAUCAUUCAAACUUAACAAAAAAAAUGGGGCGGGUGGGAGGAUUUUAUUUUUCGCCAUGGUAUUCUUGACCUCGAAAAUGCCUUCUCUCAUUGAGAAAAGGCUUUAUAAAUCAUAAUUACAUGUGUAUUUGGGUUUCUAAAAGGCAAAGUGAAACAAAGUACGUUUACGAUACCGGACUGGACAUAAAAAUAUCCGGAAAUCGUAAUUUUGAAAAAUAAAAAAAAUCGGGGCAGGCGGGAAUGAUAAUUUACUAAUUUUACUUGGCCUUAGGGAGGGGGAUAUGUUUAAGCAAACGUUGGUGUGAUGUUAUAUACUUCCAUGUCGGAGAAAUUUCUCAAAGGUUUGUUCUUGUGUUAUUUGUUUGGUGUUAACUUGUAAUUAAAAUAUGAUUUUGUCACCUAGGAGGAGGAUGAAAGCAUAGCACCCACUACCACAGAAGGAGGGGCCUACCAGUUCAACGCCGCGGCCAGCAUUCCUCAACAGGGCUUCUCUUUCUGAUCUUGUUUAUUGUGAUUCCGAGACCUAGGGAAAGAAACGAGAAACACGGGAAUUCCUCCUGUGCUGCUCAUUAAUGGAUCUCCGACAAAAUUCUUGUGCAAUCAUGUUACCUUUCAUUUAUAUUUGCAAUGUAGACUGUGUGAAUGUGAGCGUUUCAAAGUCGAUGGAAAGUGCUGAGUUUAUUGGUUAUAAAAGUUUAAGACAUUUUACAAUUUGUGAAAAAGAUGUGCAAUUUUGAUGAAUUUUUCCUUUUCUUAUUAGACGCAUUUAUACAUGUAUACAGAGAUUUGUGUUCAAUGAAAUUUCAGAUUAUUGCUACUUUGACAAAAAGAAUGUGUUCAGUUUAUGGUUGUAGUACAGGAAAUUGUCUUCAUGCAUCCUUCAAUACUGUGAUUACAGCUCUUGUCUUCAGAUUUUCAAUCUUUCUCUCCCUCUUUGAUUUUCCUAACUUUUCACUGUAUUUUAAGAUUGUCCUAUUGAAUGGUGAUGUCUCAGAAUAUUACACUUGUUUUUAAUACUAAUGAAAAAUCAUUAAAACGAUUUAAUACUGAAAAA